AUGGAAACUGAUAAUCAAGAUACAAAUGUUAAUAUAAAUGAAGUUUGGGCAUCAGCAACUGAGACGUCUUCGCAACCGCCUCCACACGCAUUUAAAUUGCUUCUUGUGGAUACAAGUAAUGAAAUAGUACAAGCGUGGAAUAAUGAACUUAAAAAACUUCCAACUAAAGUAUUGCCUGAUGAUUCAACUCAAUGCUUGAAAGUUCAAGUUCAUCAUGGUACCUUUCAAAAUUUGUUAAAAACCAACCAAGCAGAAUGUUUAGUCUCUCCAGCAAACAGUUUUGGAUUAAUGGACGGUGGUAUAGAUUAUUAUAUUUCAGAAUAUUAUGGUGGUGUAAAUGAACUUAUUCCAGUUGUACAAAAGUCGUUAGAUUUUGAAUGGUGUGGUGAACAAAAUGUUGGUACUUGUUUAUUAGUUGAUGUUAGAGAGUUGGUUACAAAGAUUAAGAAUGAUUCUAAUGAAGAAAAGUGUUUUCCUGGAUAUAUAGCUCAUUGCCCUACCAUGAGAAUUCCUAAAAUUUUGAAUAAUGAUGAUCUUGUUUACAGAUGUACUUGGGCUAUGCUUACCGCUAUUAAAAAGCAUAAUGCUAAUAUACUUGAAGGUGAAAUUAAACAUCAUCGUAUAAAUUCUGUUGUAUGUGCUGGAUUUGGAACCGGUGUUGGCCAACUUUCGGAAAAUUUAUGUGCCAAACAGAUGAUGUUGGCUGUUAAUAAUUUUGUUAAUGCUCCUGCAAACGCUGAAAAAAGGCCUAUAACUGAUUCAUGGUUGAUACAAUGGCCUUAUGCUAGCAAGAUUAGUGAAUCAAUAGAUAAUACAACUUAA